UCCUUUACUUAACACAAACCUUCCCUCAUUUCUCACUCUAAAUUAAGUGAUCAAACAAACUCCAAUUCCAAUUUCCAAACUCAGUCAUGUCAAUGGACGACGACGAUGACUUGUUCAAUCGCCCAAACAACAGCGAUCUCAACAGCAAGAUCAUGCUCACCGCCAUCGUCUCUCUCUCCGUCGUUGUCCUCCUCGUCACAGUCCUCCACAUCUACGCCCGCUGCGUCCUCCGCCGCCAAGCCCGCCGCCAGGCCUCCCUCCGCCGCCUCGGCUUCAUCGCCUCCUUCCCCGGCACCUUCCGACCCCCCGACCCCCAAAUCACCGGCGUCGACCCCUCCGUCAUCGCCUCCCUCCCCAAAUUCCUCUUCAAAUCCGCCUCCUCCGCCGCCGUCGAGUGCCCCGUCUGCAUCAGCGCGCUCGAGGACGGCGAGAUCGCUCGGAUUUUGCCGAAUUGCAAGCACACCUUUCAUGCAGAUUGCAUCGAUCGGUGGCUCGGAUCCAAUUCCACGUGUCCGGUGUGCCGGACGGAGGCGGAGCCGCGCCUUGUGGCGGAGCCGAGGGAGGGAUUGGCCGCGGCGCCGAGUGCUCCGCCUGUGGAGGGGACGUCGGACGCGAAGAUCGGCGGCGGAUCGAGCUCGAGAUUGAGCUCGUUCCGGCGGAUUCUGAGUAGAGAGAGAUCUUCUAGAAGAAUCCAGAGUCAGUCGUGCGGGCAGGAAGACGGGCUGCCCGAUCUCGAGAGACAGUGAAUGGACAUACAACUGUUCUGGCCUAACUGCCAUAUGCUUCUCCGGUUUGUACCUAUCAAUUCCGGUUUUUGUUGAAUACUAUGCAUAUACAGAAUUAAUUAAACAUAUAUUGGUUGAAACCAAGAUGGAUAGAUUUUUGCAGUUUGUAGGCGCAUGGAGAUUUUCUAUUUCAUAUAUUGGGCUUAUGUAAUUAUAAUAAUUUAUAAUGCUGUGUAUAAUAAUAUUCAUUACAUUGCCAGGGUGAAAAAUAAUACUGGCUUGAUGUUUA